GGAUGAGGGGGCGGGCUGUGCAGACGUGGGGCCCCAGGUCCUGCCCCCAGACCCUCAGAUGUCUUCUGAGGAGUCACCUGGAGGCAGGAGGCCUCUCAUCCAGGGGCUUCUGGGCCCUGCUGACCCGUGGCCAGUGCCCAGACCCCUCUGUAUGUGUGGGUUUCAUGCCUGGUGUGCCCAAGGGUGCAUCCGUGUGCAGGCACCUGGCCAGCCCACCGUGCGUGCACUCAUCUGUCCGUUUACUCGGCACACGCUGACGCCGCUGCGGCCCCGCCUGCGCUGGCCCUGGGGUCCUACAGAGGGACGAGACAGAGCACGUCCUACACAGAAUGAAGAGCGGCGGCGAGCGUGGCGGGCCUCCCGGGAGAACAAGCUGCAGCCUCUCCCCAGCUGCGAGGCAUGCACCACGCCGAGCCCUGAGGACGUGCGGAGCUGGGCGCAGUCGUUCGACAAGCUAAUGCACAGCCCGGCGGGACGGAGUGUGUUCCGGGAGUUCCUGCGCACGGAGUACAGCGAGGAGAACAUGCUCUUCUGGCUGGCCUGUGAGGAGCUCAAGGCCGAGGCCAACCAGCACGUGGUGGACGAGAAGGCCAGGCUCAUCUACGAGGACUACGUGUCCAUCCUGUCCCCCAAGGAGGUGAGCCUGGACUCGCGAGUGCGGGAGGGCAUCAACAAGAAGAUGCAGGAGCCGUCCGCGCACACGUUCGACGACGCCCAGCUGCAGAUCUACACGCUCAUGCACCGGGACUCCUACCCCCGCUUCCUCAGCUCCCCCGCCUACCGCGCCCUGCUGCUCCGGGGCGGCUCCCAGUCCUCCCACGAGGCCUAGGCUGCCCCCACAGCCGCACGGACGCGGCACCCCUCCGGCGGGCAAAGACUCGGUUACCCGCGCGAGCGGGUGUCCGCGGGGGCCCGGCACCCCUGGGGCGGUCCCAGACUGGAGCCCGCCUCUACCCAAGGGACCUAGUACCCUGAGGUCCUGCUAAGGGGCAGGUGUGGGGGCCUCUGGGAGCAGGCGGCCCCUCCCCAACCGGCUCCCCACUGGCUGGCCAAGCGCUCCUGCUGGGGCUCCUGCCUGGGGGAGGGACCCUCCCAGGAGCUAUCACGGACCCAGCAGCUUCACUUGGGCCUCCUCCCCGGGCAGCAGGGGACCUUGAGAAAUGCCUCUGAUGGGAAGCAGGGGGUCCGUAUGGCCUAGUUGUACCGUAGCGGAGACCCUCCGAUCGAAGCUGUCUGCACCCCCAUCAGACCCAGAACCUCAGAACUAGGCUCAAGGCAACAGGAGCCAGUUUCUUUUUUAUAUUUUCAUUAAUUUUAAACCUGGAAACAUGUCCUUACUGUAUUUUAUCAAAAAAAGAAAAAAAUGUUUUCAUAUUU